CGGAACGGCCGAGCGAAACAGCAUUGACGACGAGACGGAAAUCAACACAUUUGCAUCAUAGACAACCGCGGUCUUGGGUUGGAAUAAAAUGGGGCGCAUUUAAGCAAAAAAGAUGAGGGGGGAACCACACACACACACCACAUUGCAUUCGACAGAGGUGUUCGCUAGAGUAACGAGACGAUCGGAGGAGAACUGCGUUCAAACUGUAGACACUUGGCUUUGUCGAUAUACCCCGAGUCUCGUUCAGACUCCGCGAGAUGCCUUGUAUGGGAGCGGCUUGACGCGAGUUAACCUAAUCACAGCGGUAGUACUAGUGUGUACAAAUUGGAAUCGAUCUUGGUGACGAUUUCUCGAGGCUCAGUAUCCUUCGCCAUCUGUUUGACCGCACCGCGCGGUGAGUAAUG